CAAUACUUUCAAAACUAAGCUUAUAACUUUUAAAAAUUCAAAAACUCGCCACUCAAUACUUCUGUCUGAUUAAACUUUUCAUUUAAUUUAACAGUGUUAUUUAACUGAGUUUCAUUAUUCAUAAACUAAAAACUGCAGCAUAAUAUUUAAACUUCAAACUGGUUUUGACGGAGAUGGCUCAGUCUCGAACUCGCAGUUUCACUGCAUCCAUGGAGAAGCGGAUGGCAACUAUCGAUGAAAUGAAGAACAGUGAUUCUGAAGAGGAUAACGGUAGAAUCGAUUCUCUGACAGAUAUGCAAAAAAUUUCUCGUGAAAUGAAGAACAGUGAUACUGAUGAUGAUUACGAUUAUGUUACAGACGAUUCUCUGAGCGCGAUGGCAACCUUUGGUGGAACAAGAAACAGUGAUUCUGACGAGGCUAACAAUACAGAUUAUUCUCUGACCGGAAUGGCAACUCCAGUUAAAAGGAAAAACAGUGACUCUGACGAGGAGGAUAACGUGACAUUUGAUUCUCUGACAGGGAUGGCAACCUUCGGUGGAACAAGCAACAGUGAUUCUGACGAGGAUAACCAAAGAGUUGAUUCCCUGACAGAGGUGAAAACAGUUUCUUGCGAAUUGAAGAACAGUGACUCUGACGAAAAUAUUGUGACAAAUGGUUCUCUAGGCUCGAAAGUUUUAUGCUCCAAUUGCUUUCUUGACCUAUCUGGAUACAGUACCAAGUUUGUUUGCAAUACAUGCGAUUCAAAACAAAAAACGCCGAGUCAAGUGACUCCCGCAUCCGGGAACUACUACUGUCUGGAUUGUAUUGCGAAACACAUACGAGACAAGGACGAAGUGACAGACCAGAAAGGAUCGCCAGUAUCUGUGUGUGAAAAACACAAACGGGUGAAAUACUUCCUCUGUAUUACUUGUGAUCAAACAAUGUUUUGCAUCACAUGCACUUUAAAUAAUCACAAAGCUCAUGAUUACAUUGAUUCGAUUGAAAAAGAGGAAAACCUUGUUUGUGUGAAAGGCAAAUUGCAUGAAAUUUUAGAAAACCUUGAAAUUCUUUACAAGCAAUCUGCCGGGUUUUUGGAGUCUUUGAAAGCAGCUGAAGAACAAUUUACUUCAAUGGUUGAACCAUACAAGAACAACAUAGUUGAAAUCUCCAAAGAAAUUCUGAUGGACGCUUUAGAUAUGACUCAAAAAGAAACGAGCGAUGUGAAAGACUUGUUUGAAAAUCAAAACAAAGAGCUGAGUGAAAGUAUGAAACAAUUCGAAACUGUUCUAAAAGAGUUUGGUGAUUCCCAAAGUUCAAGUCGCGACUAUUUGAGUGCAUCAUCUUUGAAAUUUGGAAGCCUGAUUUCUGAUGGAAAUAUUGAAAAACUUGUAGAGAAGUUCUCAGAAGAGGUAAAAUUACCGCUAGUUUACAUCGAACCAGAAGAAAUUGAUAACUACCACGCUGAAAUUCAGCAAGCGCGUGAAAACUUGAGAAAAGAUGUGAUAGAACUUCUGCGAACUUUUUUGAAGAGUUUUGUUUUCACGAGGAUAAGUAAACUGGAAAUAGAUUUGAAUAGUUCAUCUAACGGAUUCAAAGAGUUCCCCUGCCAUAAAGGAGAUUUGGAAAACGCUCAUGUCACAUCAACAAAAUAUCGAUUCAGUUUGGCCAUUUUAAAUGGCGGAGACUUUAAGCUUCAUACUUAUACCGACAUUUUAGCCACAAAACCCGUAAAACCCUUGGAUUCUAUCAGCUCGAAGUUUUUUAAGUUCAUCCCUGGAGGAGAUUACGACUGCUUGUACUUCACCAGCGCAAGUAGCUGCAAAAAAUUUCAAACUAAUUUUUCGAUUAAGUGUCGCGCGGAUCAAGUAGGUGCCAGUUUUUCUUAUUGGAUAUCUUCAGAGUUUUGCAUCCCAGUCAUUGUUUUCUGCCGUUUUUCGAAUGGUGAUUGGAUCACAGACUACGAAACAAGCUCGACACACGCUAAUACCAAAUCCCUCGAUUUUCAUCUCAAAAUUGUACCCUGUGCCACGAAAUUGUACCCGGAACAACCAUAUGGUUUUGCCAUAUCCAAUGACAUAGAUGGACAAGAUAUGACACCAAAAAUAGCAUGCAUAUCCAAAAAUUCGUUAUUUUUGUACUCAGUUUACAGAAAUCAGGAAAUUGAUUUCGGCCAGCGCCCUAUCUACUGUAACAGGAUGAACAGCAGCGAACACAAAGGAAGCUUUGGAUGCGGCUUUUUUUCCCGAUGGUUAUUUGGAAAAAAGUUUAUCUCGCUGGCCAUUUGGUGCCUGGAAUGUCAAAUUGUAGAGGUUAUCAAAAUCCCAAUUGAAGAAGAAAACGAUCUACCAAGGCGACCUUUAAAUCAAGGGGACACUGAAAGAAUCUUUCAAUUCAACUUUACUUCGGCGAUUCAAAGCAUAACAAUAUUCAAAAGAGGUCUCAUCAUUAUGACUAAAGACGGGAAGUUGUAUACAUGCGAGAAUAUUCUGAGCAAAGAGAUGCUCUAUUUGUACCAGAAGAAAAACUGAAUAAAACACGGAGAUUGCAUGUUUUACCGCCCCUGUUUUCUUAAAUCCAUUAUUUGUAAGUCCCAUUUUUUAUAGCUUAUGAUUUAAAUCAUUACUUGCACCAUUUCAUAAAAUUCAAAAUGUAAAUAAAUC